GGGCUGAGGGUCAAACCAGAAAACCAAGGGCAUUUAUAUGAUGCAGAAGGUCAACAGAUUACGUUGUUACAAGGUAAUGAUGGCGUCAUGGAGGAGCAGAAAACCUGUGGCAGUCAAGAUAAUGAGGAAAGAUGCAAUCAGGGCAGACAUCAUACUCCGGGAGCGACGUGUCCUUGAGAUUGCCAGAAACUGCCCCUUCCUGUGCGAGGGUUUAGCCGCCUUUCAGACUAAGAUGCACACCUUCUUUGUCAUGCCCUACAUGUUUGGUGGCAGCCUGGAUUGGUAUCUUACGAUAAAGCGAUCCCUCCCGACCUACGAGGCAAUGUUUUAUGCUGCAGAAAUAACAUGCGGCCUUCAAUUCUUACAUAAGCGAGGAAUCGUUCACCGGGAUAUUAAGCCGGAUAACAUCAUGCUUGAUGAAGAGGGCCAUGCCAGAAUAUGUGAUUUUGGACUGGUGGCAGAAAACAUCACAGGAGGAGUCCUGGCCCAGGGUAGCACUGGGACUACAACCCACAUGGCACCAGAGGUGGCUGCAGAGAGGAGAUAUGGUGCGUCAUGCGACUGGUGGUCACUGGGAGUUACCUUACAUCAAAUGUUGACCGGACAUCUCCCCAUUUACAUCAAAUUACCUGGGCACAGGUGCUCAUGCUCCAAGCAGCUGCGCUUCUCUCCCCACCUGAGUAAAGAAAGCAAAGAUGUCAUGUCUAAACUUCUAGAGGAAAGCCCCAGACUGAGGCUUGGAGUACGAAGCAACAUCAGGCUUCACCCAUUUUUUGGAGCUAUAAAUUGGAGGCAUUUGGAAGCCAAGGCCAUUCCACCCCCAUACAAGCCACAGAGGGGGCCAGCUGAGAACCCCCUUUGGAAUGUCCGGAAGAAGCAUUUCUCUUUUAUGGAGCCCAUGAAGUAUCACACCUUUUCAGGAGACAGAUGGUUUAUACCGAACUUGUCUUUCACAAGCUCCAAAUUGAGAGACUAUUGCUAG